AUGGCACCGCUUAGUCGGCGCAACCAAUGUUGGGACAAGUCGAUCGCAAAGCAUCUGGAUCUGCCAGAUGGAUACCGCAAUGUGCAUGUCCUGGUAAUUAAAUGGCAGGACGCGAUAGAUCAGCUGGACGUGCGGCAAGAGGUCGAUGACCUGGCGAACGUCUUCAGGAAGAUCUUCAAUUAUGAAGUGACCGAGCUACAACUAAAAGAGAAAAACCCGCAGGUCCAGCUUGAGGCUGAGAUAUUGCGCUGGGUGUACGAGCAUGAUGAUCCCAACAAUCUACUCAUAGUAUACUACGCCGGUCAUGGUGUGUACGACAAGGCUCUGAAGGUCCUUGAGUUCUCACCGACUGAUGAUGCGGAAAACGACCUUCGAGCAAUCUGGAACGAAGCUGAGAGGACCCUGAUCGAGAAAGUAAAGGCCAACGUCCUCACCAUCAUGGACUGCUGCUACGCAAGCGACCUUCUCCGCAAUGUUCCCGAACACGGUCGAACAUUCGAGAUGAUAGCCGCUUCGGGUAUCGGCGCACCUACUCCAGAGCCCGGCGAGAACUCUUUCACUCGCUGCCUCAUCAAACACCUGAAGGAGUUAGCCGUGGAGAGCUCCGGCAACUAUGGCAGUUACUUUGACACGCACAAUCUUGUCGAGCGCAUGACAAAGGAACGCUUUGACUCACCCCCGAAACUAUGGCGGCGCAUCCCAGGCAGUAGUCGACACAUCGAGUUGAGGAAGCUCAAGCCAAAGAAUGAGCGUCCGGCGCAGAAAUCUAGCAUAUCGUCCCACGCACGCUUUCUGCAUCUGGGGUUUGCGCUGAAGAAGGAGACCAUUAACGAGAAACAGAUCCAGUCCUUGACGAAGGACCUCCCGGCCUUGUUCUUAAGUAAAGGGCUACGGUUAGUCAACAUCAAGUGGUUGGGAUGUAGGAAAGAGGGCAAACCGACGCUGAAGGAAAUCGCGCACUUCGUAUCGAAGAACCGGAGAGAACUUUCUGCGAUCACGCCGCCUCCUUCAGAGAAGAAGAGGAGUGCUGAUGAGGCAGAUUUAGAGGAGUCUAUAUCUGAUCGACGGUGGUCCAAGCAACCGAUGUUGAACACAUAUGCCUCUCUUGGGAAGUAG